CAUCUAGAUCGAUAUAAUAUUUAACCAUAUUCUUACGUUAAAAAAAAGGAAAGAGAUCUAUCUGUAUCAGUUCCUUCAUUCAAUUUAAAAACAAAAUAUUGUUACAUGUGUGUUGUAUAUAUAUAAUGCAUACAAGUUACAACAUAGUUUCACAAUUCGUCCCUUAAUUGGAAGCUGCCACAAUCAACAUGUCGCAAGUCCUCUACUCUCUAACGCUCGUCUUUGUUUUCUUCGCAUCGACAAACAUCCAGAUAUCAUCAGCCAGUCCAUCAUCCUACUCCCAAAACCACAAAACGUUCGUGAAAACGGCUUGCAAUUCGACAACAUACCCCGACAAAUGCUACAAGUCCUUAUCCUCUUACUCAUCGAAUAUCAAAUCCGACCCCAUCAAGCUAUGCACCACCGCGCUUAACCUCAACGUGAAAUCCGCAAAGGAAGCAACUUCCGUCGUUUCUAAGCUUUUCAAAAAGUCUCAAAAGUCCACCGCCGGACGAAAGGAUAAAAUGUCACCGGAGACUCUUAUUCUCAAGGACUGCCUCGAGGAGAUGAAGGACGCAAUUAUUGAGCUCAAGCAAGCGGUCACGGAGAUGAAGACUCUACAAGAUGGUGGUUCGAUGGCUGAGCAUAUUACGAACGUUAGGACUUGGGUGAGCUCGGCGUUGACCGACGAAGGGACUUGUACGGACGGGUUCGAGGAGGUGAAAGUGAAUAAAGAAACGAAGAAGAAGGUAAAUAAGGUUGUUGAGGAACUUGCAACCACGACUAGUAAUACUUUGGCGCUUAUUACGAAUCUACGUUACUAGCUAACGAAUAAAAAAAAGGUUGUGAAAAUUAUAAUUAUUAUUGAUGAUUUAUUACUAUUCCUUGCAUGUGCAUGUUUCUUCUUUUGUUUUCUUCACGUCAAAAUAGAUGCGAUAAAUUUCUUGUAUCUACUAUAUAAUAUCGUAUCAUGUUAGAAUUAAUUUAAG